GCCAACUUCCACCUACAUCUAUCCCUGCUGCGACUCUGAGAAAACCAUGGAAGCCGUUUUACAUCUGGACAGACCCGUUUGGGUGGUCUUAAUUAUCUUUUGCUCGAUAGCAGCCUUCCUCACCCGGAGCAGGCUACGGUCGCUGCCGCUUCCACCAGGACCGAAGCGUUGGCCCGUUGUUGGCAAUGCGUUUAGCUUUCCGAAAGAGCGAGAGUGGCUUACGUUCAUGCGGUGGUCCAGAGAAUAUAAUUCUGACCUGCUGUACUACGAAUCUUGGGGGAAACCCUUUGUGGUGAUCAAUUCCGAUCGUACCGCCAUAGACCUUUUCGAGCGCAAAUCGUCGCUUUACGCAGAUAAACCACGGAUGCCAAUGCUUAACGACCUCUGUGGCUGGGCCUGGGACAUAUCAUUCAUGCCAUACGACGACACGUGGAAGCUCGCGCGCAAGCUAUUCACUCGGCAUUACCGCGCGGGCGCUGCUGUGCGGUACCGCGACGAGGAGACGCGCUGCGCCCGCGAAUUGCUGGCUGAUAUCCUGCAGAACGAUGUUCAGCUGUUCGAGCACACGCGCCUGGCCUUUGGAAAGCUGAUCAUGAACGUAACGUAUGGGAUCGACGUCAAGUCUGCGGACGAUAAGUAUAUCAAGAAUGCGCAGAAGGCGUUGUACGCAAUCACGGCUACGGGUAACGUCGGAACGUAUCUUGUAGACUCCAUACCGCUACUGAAAUACAUUCCGGAGUGGUUCCCGGGCGCAAAAUUCCAGCGCGAGGCGCGAGAGUGGAGAGAAGCGGCAGAAGUGAUGUCGCAGCAGCCUAUCGAGGAUGCUAAAGAGGCAAUGGCAGAAGGUAAAGCCCCGCCUUCGGUGCUGCGAUCGCUCCUCGAAGACUAUGGCGAGAAUCCGUCGCCACAAGAGGCAUACGCCAUUCUCAGCGCAACUGGAACGGCGUACGAGGUGAUGUGGUCCACGACGCUCACAGUCAUACUUGCGAUGCUCCUCUUCCCCGACAUCAAAGCCAAGGCUCACGCCGAGCUCGAUCGAGCCGUUAGCCGAGAACGCUUUCCCGACUUCGGAGACCAGGCGUCUCUGCCUUAUAUCACUGCCAUCUGCAAAGAGGCGUUGCGAUGGCGGACGCCUUUACCUUUGGCUGUUAUGCACAGGGUAACCCAAGAAGACACUCACAACGGGUACCACAUCCCUGGCGGCUCCACUGUCGUCCUCAAUUCUUGGGCCAUCCUAUAUGACCCCAAACAAUACCCGGAUCCCGAGAGAUUUUCGCCCGAACGCUUCCUAACGCCAUCGGGCGAGCUUAAUCCGGACGCGCCAGAGCCGACCGCGGCAUUCAGCUACGGGCGUCGCGCAUGUGCAGGCACCGCCAUGGCAUUGGACACCCUCUGGAUUGUUGUCGCCUCGCUGCUGUGGGCGUUCGACGUACAGCGGGCAUUCGACGAAAGCGGAAAUGAGAUUGAUGUGACGGGGGAGUAUACCUUCGGCGUCGUAUGCUAUCCGGCACCGUUUAGAUGUGCUCUGCGGCCGCGGUCAGAGAAUAUACCCGCGCUGAUUUCGGUUUCGUUGGGAUGAGCCGCGAAUAUUUCACCCUUGCUGAUUUUAGGCUUCGCCAUGCGAUCCCCUGGUUUUUUCCCUCGAUAGUGUUCUCCUGUAAACAUUGUGACGUGCUGAUCAAAGCGCGCCUUGUACACCACUAUUUAAUUUAUUAGCUCGUGUCCG